GCGCAGCUUCCUGGCUCCCCACCCAGCGCCCGAGGCCGGCCUGGCCACGUCACCGAGGGGCACAGGGUUCGCUGGCGGCGGAGGCACAGCGCGGCGCGGGACCGGGAGCACAGAGCCGGAAGGCGCUGGCAGGCGGGGGUGCCCGGGCAGCGACAGGCCAGGAACGUGGCACCGGAGGCCCGUGUGCCAGUGCGCGCCUGAAAGUUUCCUGGAAGUUUGCAGGGCGCGGCCGCGGUGCCGGCAGCUGGACCAUGAACGUGUUCCGGAUCCUGGGCGACCUGAGCCACCUUCUGGCCAUGAUUUUGCUCCUGGGGAAGAUCUGGAGGUCCAAGUCCUGCGCUGGCAUCUCUGGGAAGAGCCAGAUCCUCUUUGCUCUGGUCUUCACCACCAGGUACUUGGACCUUUUUACCAACUUCAUCUCCAUCUACAACACAGUAAUGAAGGUGGUGUUCCUCCUCUGUGCCUACGUCACAGUGUACAUGAUCUACGGGAAGUUUCGGAGGACGUUUGACAGUGAGAACGACACAUUCCGCCUGGAGUUCCUUCUGGUUCCCGUCAUUGGCCUCUCCUUCCUGGAGAACUACAGUUUCACUCCCAUGGAGAUUCUCUGGACCUUCUCCAUCUAUCUGGAGUCGGUGGCCAUCCUGCCACAGCUCUUCAUGAUCAGCAAGACCGGCGAGGCGGAGACCAUCACCACGCACUACCUGUUCUUCCUGGGUCUGUACCGGGCGCUCUAUCUGGCCAACUGGAUCAGGCGGUACCAGACGGAGAAUUUCUAUGACCAGAUCGCAGUGGUGUCUGGUGUGGUGCAGACCAUCUUCUACUGUGACUUCUUCUACCUGUAUGUGACCAAAGUCCUCAAAGGGAAGAAGUUAAGCCUUCCAAUGCCGAUUUGAGGACCCUCAGGCAGGUGGUCUGUUUCUUUACAAGAACCUAGAGUCAAACUAGUGUUCUCCUUGGCAAUGGAACCUAAGCAUGACUGGAGUCCCGAAGAGUGGUCAGCAUGGACUUCAGCAAAGGACCGACUAGACCACCUACAGCAGGCCCUCCCCUAAACACCAGCUAGAGGAAACCAAAGAUGCAGACCAGCUGCCUGGGCAUGGCACUUCACAAUGCCAACCGAACAAGCGGCCCGCAGGUGCCAAGUCUGUGAGUAGAUCCAAUUGCUGCUCCUCUA